CCCCACUACCUCCAUAUCAUAUUUAGGUAGGGUUUCUUUUACCUUCUCAUAUAUUCCAAAACCCUUCUCUCCUCCAGCAGCCGCGCGGCGUCGCCUCCCGCCUCCCCACCACCAUGGCAUCAGAGAAGAAACUGUCGAACCCAAUGAGGGAAAUCAAGGUUCAAAAGCUUGUACUCAACAUCUCCGUUGGAGAGAGUGGAGAUCGUCUCACCAGAGCAGCUAAGGUCUUGGAGCAGCUCAGUGGCCAAACCCCUGUUUUCUCGAAGGCAAGGUACACUGUGCGUUCCUUUGGGAUUAGGCGUAAUGAAAAAAUUGCGUGCUAUGUCACAGUCAGGGGUGAGAAGGCAAUGCAGCUCCUUGAGAGUGGCCUGAAGGUCAAGGAGUAUGAACUACUGAGAAGGAACUUCAGCGAAACUGGUUGUUUUGGCUUUGGUAUUCAGGAGCAUAUUGAUCUUGGAAUUAAGUAUGACCCGUCAACUGGUAUUUAUGGUAUGGACUUCUAUGUUGUCUUGGAACGACCUGGCUACCGGGUCGGCCGCCGCCGUAGGUGCAAGUCUCGUGUUGGGAUCCAACACAGGGUUACAAAGGAUGAUGCGAUGAAGUGGUUCCAAGUAAAAUACGAAGGUGUUAUCCUCAACAAGGCCUCCAACAUUGGAGCAUCUUAGUUUGUACUUGGACCUUCUCAAGAAUGGCUUCAAAAUCAGAGCAGCUUUUACUUAUAGUUGGAAUUUUACUGCAUAAUGCUUACACUAGCUGUAUGUUUUCUUUCCAACCAAGAUUUUGUUAGUUUCUGACCUCAAAGAAAUCUGUCUCUCUGAACAAGUUCAUCAUAUGACAUUGUCCUCAUUCCAUUAGAUCAAUUUGACUAUACAUUUGAUUUCGUCUUUAAUAUAUUAUCACAUUUGGAUGGCAA